AGCGUAAGAAACAGCCUACUGUGCAAUUGUAUCCCGAACACUGUUGGAACUUCCGCUGGACAAAAUUUGGAGAAAAAGUAUUUCAAAUAUUACUCAAAAAAAUUCUGAUCGGAAGGAACCACUUUUCCUUCUGUUUCUCGGUAUUUUCCCGAGUUUCUGGGCCUCCACCGUAUUCUGCUUCGUUCGUUUUCUGGCUGUUGUUCCACGUGUACCAUGCGGGUCCUUGGAUUGUCAUGCGUUUUCGCUCUCUGGCUCUCUUCCCACGUCUCUGUUCGCGCACUUCAGCCUAUUAUGUUCAGAAAUCCCGUUCCAUUUUCUGCUACUGAAAUUAAGGACGGACUGUCGGAGAGAUGGAUUCCUUCUUACAAUUAUACUAGGAUAUUUCCAGAUACAUUAUGGUGCGGCAUAGGUAAUAUAGCAAGUGGACCGAAUCAGUUAGGACGAUUAAAAUCAACGGAUGCAUGUUGCCGAACUCACGAUAUGUGUCCCGAUGUAAUUGAGGCUUAUAAGAAGAAACACGGAUUGACUAAUCCCGCCUUUUAUUCCAGGUUAAGUUGCGACUGCGACGAAAAGUUUCGUCAAUGUCUUAAAAAAUCGACAGACGAAAUAAGUGCCAACUUAGUAGGAUUCGGAUAUUUCACCCUAUUAAGAACGCAAUGCUUCCGAGUGGAUUAUCCUAUCGUGGACUGCAUAGAAAGAUCCUGGUUUUUGAGACGUUGUAAGAAGUACCGGUUCGAUACGAAAGGCCAGAAGAAGUAUCAGUGGUUCGAUUUACUUGAAUACUGAUCUUAAGCACGAUCCACAAACGACAUCGAGUAUCUUCAAAAAAAGUCAAUAUUGUAGAACUCAACUUGUAACAAAGUUGCAAAAUAGCAGCAUAAGGAUAUAAAUGUCACACCCUAUCAAAAUUACGAUAUGACGCAGAUAUUCACAGGCUAAAUAAAACGUUGAUACAACCUUCUAAA